CCGAACAACAACAAAAAAACCAACCCUGAAUUAACCCCCAGCCGCCACGAGCACAAACUUGGUGACUACGUAAACUGAAUCUAGGGUUUGUUUAAUCCAACGACGUGUUCGCACCAUAGUCAACGAGUCUUCAAUCCAAUGUUAAAUUGAACCCAACAUGCAAUCAACCAUGGCCACAAGGUGCAUCAGGGCUCGUGCACUCAUCUUCCGGACCAACAACACGAUGAUGAUGAUGAUGAAUUCGACCCACACGUGUACAACCAGCAGUAGUACAGUCUCUCGUUCAAUUCUUCCACGCAGUGGUUCUUCAUCACACAGUUUUAGCAGUCGUGUUUUGACCGGACAGUUUGCCCUACGACGUCGUAAUACUAAUUCUUGGGAUGUUUCAAGGAAUUCUACCCACUUUUUCCGACAUUUAAAUGCUUUUGUUUCCGAUUUUUCACCUCAAAAACCUCAGGGUUCUGUGACGAAUGGGUUUGCGUCAUUAACAACAUCAAGUGGAGCACAAGGAACAAAGCAUGAUAAAAAAGACGAAAAGAAUCUUGUUACGAAAGGGGAUGAAAUUAGUAACACAAAGAUUCUCGGUACGCUAGCAAAAUAUUUGUGGAUGAAAGAUAACAUGGAGUUUAGACUGCGAGUGAUCACCGCAUUGGGUUUCCUGGUUGGAGCCAAGGUGAUGAAUGUUCAGGUUCCGUUCUUAUUCAAGCUAGCCAUUGAUUGGUUAACAACAGCAACCGGAAACCCUAGUUCACUUGCGGAGUUUGCAGCCGCUAAUCCAACCGCUUUAGCGGUUUUCGUCAGCCCUGCAGCUGUGUUGGUUGGUUAUGGUAUAGCGCGGUCAGGGGCUUCUGCUUUCAACGAGUUGAGAACCGCAGUGUUUUCAAAGGUCGCAUUGCGGACUAUUAGAUCAGUUUCGAGGAAGGUUUUUGCACAUUUGCACGAGCUUGAUCUUCGAUAUCAUCUAAGUCGAGAAACAGGGGCUUUAAAUAGAAUUAUUGAUCGUGGUAGCCGAGCUAUUAAUUUCAUCCUUGGGGCCAUGGUAUUCAAUGUUGUACCGACAGUAUUAGAGAUUACAAUGGUAGCAAGUAUUCUGGCAUACAAAUUUGGAGCAACGUUUGCCUGGAUUACUUCUUUGUCGUUUGCCGCAUAUGUUGCCUUCACGUUAACAAUAACACAAUGGAGGACUAAGUUCAGGAAGAUAAUGAAUAAAGCUGAUAACGAUGCAAGCACUAGGGCCAUCGAUUCACUUAUAAAUUAUGAGACUGUUAAGUAUUUUAACAACGAGCAUUAUGAAGCUGAGGAGUACGAUAAAUAUUUACAGAGGUAUGAAGAUGCUGCGUUAAAGACGCAGCGUAGUCUUGCUAUUUUAAACUUUGGUCAAAGUCUAGUGUUCAGUAUUGCGCUUUCAUCAGCUAUGGUGUUGGCUUCAAACGGCAUAUUGAAUGGUCAAAUGACUGUUGGUGAUCUGGUUAUGGUAAAUGGACUUCUGUUCCAGCUAUCUCUUCCUCUCAACUUUCUUGGAAGCGUUUAUCGGGAAACUAUUCAGAGUCUUGUUGACAUGAAAUCCAUGUUUCAACUGCUAGAGGAGAGGGCAGAAGUUGGAGACGCAAGUGAUGCGAAGCCUUUAAAGUUAGAAGGAGGUAGAAUCGAAUUUGAAAAUGUUCAUUUCAGUUAUCUUCCAGAAAGAAAGAUUCUAGACGGAAUAUCGUUUGUGGUGCCAUCCGGCAAAAGUGUGGCUAUUGUUGGAACUAGUGGCAGCGGUAAAUCAACCAUUCUUAGGAUGAUAUUCAGGUUCUUCGACACUAAUUCUGGCACGGUGAGGGUAGAUGGUCAAGAUAUUCGGAAAGUUACACUCGAAAGUCUUAGAAAACAUAUCGGUGUGGUCCCACAAGAUACGGUAUUAUUCAACGAUACAAUAUUUCAUAACAUUCACUAUGGUCGUCUUUCGGCUACACCUGAAGAGGUGUACAGUGCUGCUCGAAAAGCAGCAAUUCAUGAUACUAUAAUGAACUUCCCUCAACAAUAUUCCACUCUCGUAGGUGAACGUGGGCUUAAGCUUAGUGGCGGUGAGAAACAACGAGUUGCACUAGCGCGUGCAUUCCUGAAAGCUCCUCCUAUUUUGUUGUGUGAUGAAGCAACAAGUGCGCUUGAUAGCACAACUGAAGCAGAGAUUCUGACUGCGUUGAAGUCACUUGCCGAUAACCGAACAGCAGUCUUUAUUGCUCAUAGACUUACAACUGCAAUGCAGUGUGAUGAGAUUAUUGUUCUGGAGAAAGGAUGCGUGGUCGAACAGGGUCCUCACGAAGUUUUAUUGUCAAAAGGUGGUAGAUAUGCACAACUCUGGUCGCAGCAAAAUAACACAGUUGAUGAUCUUGAUGCAGCCAUCAAAUUAGAAGCCUAAAAUCAAUCUCUAUAUACAUAUAGUAGUCAUUGCUUGUGUGAUUCAAAUUCGGGUCAGGGUUAGUUGAUAUCGGUUUCUCUUUCAUUGUAUAGUUUCAAAUGUUUAAUCCCGAUUUUAGUGUGAUACUGACUGACUGCUAUAUAACAUUCAAUAUUUCUAUUAUACCACUUUUAGGUGC